AUGGCCGAUCCCAUAUCUUUGGUUGGGACGGCCGUUGGUGUUGCAUCGUUUGCUCUUCAAUUGUACUUUGGCAUUUCCACCUAUAUCGAAAGGAUUCGAUGUCGGAAAGAGGAUCUCGAGUCGGUCGAACGACGGUUGCAGAGCUUUCGGGUAUCAAUCACCGCAAUCGAGGCGGUUGAGCAGCGACUGCACAAUGGCGUGCCCACAAUCACCUCCCCGACACCACUUGCCGAGUGCAUAGAAGGCUGCAAAGACGAACUUGUCGCCUUGAAAAGCUUUUGGGAAAAGUUCAACGGCCAAGGAAUUCGCACUUCUGAUUUGAGAGAUAGAAUCAAAGAAAAGGCCCGGGAGAUAUCCUAUCCGUUUCGUCGGGAGGACCUCUCUCGCCUGGAAGAUCGCCUUGGCCAAGCCACUCAAAUCUUGAAUACAAGUCUACAAGCAAUCCAUGUAGAUCUGGAGCUGUCAGAGGCUCAGAGUAUUGAUCUUAUACGCGACGACACCCGAAGCAUAGCGACUCGAAUUGAUCAUGUUUCAAAUACCUUGGAAAUGGUUGGACAAGGUAUUGGGGGCGCCUCUGGAAGAUUAGAUGGCAUGUCAACAACAUUGGCCUUGCUGUCGCAAAAUUAUCAAAGCACGCGCGACGCCAGCAGGCGCAUAGAACAAGGUGUCGGGGCCCUACAAACCCAUUAUUCCGCCUUGCAAGAAGUCGUGAAGAUGAAUUCGGAGGAGCAGAUGGCAGAGUUGCGGGAACUCAUUCAUAUGCUGCGCGCAUUGCAUAGCAACAUGCUAGGGCAACAGAACGUUUCGGAAACUCUCGUCAAUCCAUAUCACACAGUAUGCGAUGGCUCCAAAUUUGAAAAUUCCGAGGUAUCUCAGAGUUCUGGAGUAUCGAUGAGAAUGCAAUUGAUGCCUCGCUCCAAACCAUCUUCACAAGAUCGACAACUACGCCAAUCCGACUGGGAGCGUGUGCCCUUCUGUACCUGUGCUCAUACGCACCCGAAAUGGUUUAUUUGGAAUAUAUCAAAGUCAUUGUGGUUUCAGGGCGAUUUCCAGCGUUUCCGCCAUCAUCAAGCCUGUCCCAUGGCAAAGGUACAGCACCUCAGGCAUCAAAAUAGCUCCCGACUUCGAGUCGAGAUGGUCGGAAUCAUACAGUCAUGGAGAACAAGCUUUGCACUUGCUUGCGGCUUUGGAAAUGGUAUCGAAAUUGCCCCUUCCAUAGCUUGUGUCAGAGUGGUAGAUGACAAGUCUCCUUUGGCAUUGGCAAAUCACAUUAUACUACACGCUCGUGUGUGUGGCUCCAUUGCGCAAACAAAAGUUUAUGAAAUCUUGUUUCAAAAGCUGAAGCAGCUCUAUAGAGAAGGAAGAGCAUCCUUGAUGGAUGUCCAGAAGAAUGGUCUGAGUAUCGUGGAUUGUUUGGUUCUCGCUUUGAGCAUGUGUGUAUCUGAAGAUGGCAUAAUGACGCAAGUGGGAACGGUGGGCCUUAUGCCGACUUCGUGGGACGUCCUACUCAUGGUUCUCUGGCGCCUAGAGAACGGGCGAACGAACGAGAAUGCGGACGGCAUUGUCGCUUGUCGUCGACUGAUGAAAAGCUUCUCAGACGUUGGAUGUGAUAUCGAGGAAUCAUCCGUUAUCCAUAAGCAGCAGGGCAGCGGUUGGGGAUUGUUCUAUGAAGUAACAGCUUUCAGAUACACGAGCAAUCUUACAGAAUACAUUUCUUCCCCAGUUCAAGCAGCCAUUCAGGAGCGGGACUAUGAAAAGCUCCAAGAAGCACUUUGCAAGAAUCCAGCACACCUAAAGCGCCGCUUGAUGCCACUAAAUCUCGGGGUCUUGGCCAUUUCAAUCACUUGGCCACGCGGUCUCAAGCUAAUGGUGAAUACUUUGAAGGAAAAUGACAUGGUUGAAGACCAAUUAUUCGAAAUUGCCCAAGCACUGAGCUUUGCCGCACAUUGCUACCGCGAACGCCUCCUGUCAGAAGCCGCCACAAAGAGAAACAUUGACAAGCCUUGUGAGCAUAUUGGAUGCACCGAGGUUUUGCAACCAUUACUGGACCUCGGGAUUCCAUGCGACUAUCACACAAAAGUAGACUACUCGAUGCUUUUCUGGGAGUGCGAGUAUGGGCAAAAGAUGUUGUUAAUGAAAUUGAAGGCGCAGCGGGAUGAACUCAGCCGCCUUGCAAGACAGCAUCUCGACCCUGACAUUCUCUCAAGCUUUCGAAUAACUGAGCAUACUGUUCUAGAUGCGGAAGCGGGCCAUAUCUGUCAACAGCUCGAGGCUCACCAUGUUCGUAUUCCUGGGUUACUUUGUGUUCCUUUAAGUUGGCAUUCCGUUUACAAGGAGCUUCGCUGCGAGGCCGCUCCUGUUACUCUUCUCCAAGCCAUAUGGGAUGCUGGUUUUCAUGAUCUUGGAGCCGACGAUAUUGUCAGUCAUGCCUUGUGUUCAAAUCCAUCCUGCAUGGAAUGGUUUCUGGACCAUGGUAUCAACCUUGAGCACACUCUUGAAACGUCCGAGGGAUCUUUCUCAGUUGCUCAUCUUUCGGCUGCUGCUAUUGCCAUGUCACUGCGUUACACUCACAAGGCCAAGCGAAACAACUCUGGGCUUUUCGAAUAUGUUUCGCGCUUACGAAAAACCGACAUGGUUGACAAAUGUGGCUGUCAUUGCUCGCCUGCCGGGUGCUCGCCAUUCAAAAUAUUACUGCACACAGUACUUGCCUUGAGUGAAUUCUCGUGGCCCAGUGAAUAUUUGUCCCGCGCCGAGACCCUUGGCAUCCUGAUGAAUACUCACAUGGGUCAACGGGGUAUUUCUGAGGGUGUCCAUGUACAAGUAAUACGGCUGUUCACCUUUGAAAAGCUCGGAUUGUCACAUAGCUGUUGCAGCCGCGUCAAAAAUGACCGGCGACGGUAUCGUUCAUCUUACGGCUUGUCUUCUCCACGUGAAGAAGAAGAUGCACGAGAAAUGAUGGAGGAGGACGGGGACCUACUUCGCCAACUAGAUGAGCUGAUGGUCGAGUUUGAACUGGAGUAUACUCGUUCAUGUGAAAGCCUACAGGAGUUCCUUGAAGGUUACUGGACACGAAGGAUGGACGGUGUUCUGAAUGCAUUGAGCAAGAGCACCAUGAGUGCUCAACAGCGAAGCGCGGCUGAAGACGUAGGUGUCAUUUGGGAAACAGGCAAGAUUUCCGCGAAAAGAUCGACACGAGGCCCAAAGGAAGAUUCAUCUCUCCUUCGUCUCGGUCAGUUCGAGUACUGGGCAAAGACAAUAGAUGGAUUGUAG